AUGCUCUCGAUCGACGACAAGGUUCGACUGCCUUCAGGUUAUGAUAUCCCUCAACUAGGGUAUGGGGUGGGAAUGAACCACAAUACGCUCCCGACAGUGCUUGAAGCGUUCAAAGCUGGCUACAGGCACGUCGACAGCGCCAAGCUCUACCGGAACGAAGCCGAAUGCGGGGAAGCAAUCUGGCGGAGCGGCAUACCUCGCUCGGAGAUCUUCUACACAACGAAGAUAAUCGACUCUGACCAAGGCUAUACCUCGACUCUCGCAGCAGUCGACCGCUCCCUCUCCGCCGCAAACCUCGACUACAUCGACCUCUUCCUCAUCCACACUCCCAAGCCUGGCAAAACGAAACGUAUCGAGACAUACCGGGCGCUUCUUGAGAAGCGCGACGCCGGCAUGAUCAGGACUGUCGGUGUGUCAAACUUCGGCGUCCGGCAUCUGGAAGAGCUCGUCUCCGCGGGACUCGAGACGCCCGCUGUGAACCAGUUGGAGGUCCAUCCGUGGUGCCAGCAACGUGAGAUCAGGGCGUAUUGCGAGCGCAAGGGUAUCGUUGUACAGGCGUAUUGUCCCAUAGUAAGGAACAUUCCCGAGUUAAUAGGCGACCCUGUACUCGUACGCAUAGCCGAGAAGCAUCAGCGCGAGCCUGUUCGCGUCCUGUUGCGAUGGUCGCUGCAGCACGGCCUCAUCCCUCUCCCGAAGACCGAGACGCCGAAGCGCAUCUGGAGCAACGCGGCGCUCUACGACUUCGAGCUAGAUACCGAGGACAUGCAGGCGCUAGACGCACUCGAUCGAGGAGCGAACGGCGCUAUCAGUUGGAACCCCAUCGACGUACCAUAG